AUGCCCAUGCGUUGGACUCCCGAAAAUGACCAGCUUCUUCUCCUGAAGAUCCUGGAAACUCAUGAUCUAUCCGUCGAUACCAAAAAGGUCGCUGAAGCCUGGCCCGGCACAGACUCCAACAACCGACCCACCCCCCGAGCCAUCACCGAACGUCUGGUCAAAAUGCGCCAAAUGGUGAAGGCAGCCAACAACGGCACCGAUGGCCACUUCAGCAUCGGAAGGGGAGCCGGUACCAACCCUAGCAGUGCCACGGCGACUCCCCGUAAGAGAGGCAAGAAUGCGAUGGCCGUUCCUAAGACUCCGACUUCUGGCAAGUGUAGGAAUGGCUCUAGGUCUGAUAACGCUUUCGGUGAUGAUGGGGAUGUGCUUGUUAAGCAGGAAGGCGAAGUGAUCCCGGGAACAGAGGCGCUCAGGCUUGCUUCUGCUGGCGUGAAACAGGAGCACGUCGAUGUUCCGCUCAAGGCCGAGCCAGUGGAUGAUCAUGAUGUUUUUUUGGAUGAUGAGUCUCCUUCGAAGCGUGUCCGUAGGGCCAGCGUUCUUCCUCCUGGUAUGGUUAGUACCUAUGGCGAGGAGGAUAGCCAGUCUGAGGUGGACACCGAGAUUCCUGGUUGA